CCAACACUCACUGUGCAUGCCUGUGCUGUGUGUUGCAGCAGAAAUGCUCUCAAAGCAAUGAAGUGAGAGACAGUGGAUGCGCAUUUUUAACUUCUUUUUCCUCAAAGUAAGUAAACAAAGUCAUGAACCAUCAUGGUUUCUCGUACCAGCUACAUUUAAUUAAUGUAUAUAGCCACACUUGGUCAGUCACACAGGGAUACAGCAUCUACACCGAGUUCCAAAGAUAAUAGCAAAAAUCAUAAAAAGUCGCUUUUCUAUCGUGGGAAGAAGAAGAACUCAAUCUCUUUGAACUUUGAACUUAGCUCUUCUCUGCUCUCUUUCCAAGCUAACUUUGCUGGGUUUAUAUCAAGGUUACUUUUGUUGGACUCAUUUGAUGGAGGAGAGACCAGAGACAGAGCUGAUAUCUAUACCAGCAACACCAAGAGUGUCAACACCAGAGAUUCUGACACCGUCGGGGCAGAGGUCACCGAGACCACCAUCAAAGGAAGCAAAAUCUUCAAAUGCAUGGACACCAACCUCGUUCAUAUCACCAAGGUUUCUGAGUCCAAUAGGAACCCCAAUGAAGAGAGUGCUCGUCAACAUGAAGGGCUACUUGGAGGAGGUUGGUCACCUCACUAAGCUCAACCCUCAAGAUGCAUGGCUCCCCAUCACUGAAUCUCGCAAUGGAAAUGCUCACUACUCUGCGUUUCACAACCUCAAUGCUGGGAUUGGCUUCCAGGCCCUCCUUUUGCCUGUUGCUUUUGCUUAUCUUGGCUGGAGUUGGGGAAUUAUUUCCUUAACCAUAGCAUAUGUUUGGCAACUUUACACCUUAUGGAUUUUGGUUCAGCUACAUGAAGCAGUUCCAGGUAAAAGGUACAACAGAUAUGUGGAGCUAGCACAAGCAGCAUUUGGGGAAAGAUUAGGAGUUUGGCUAGCUCUCUUCCCAACUGUUUAUUUGUCAGCAGGAACAGCUACAGCUUUGAUUCUUAUUGGAGGGGAGACCAUGAAACUGUUCUUCCAAAUAGUUUGUGGUCCUACAUGUACCUCAAAUCCUUUAACCACUGUGGAGUGGUACCUGGUUUUCACUUCUCUAGCAAUUGUCCUGUCUCAGCUUCCAAACCUCAAUUCAAUUGCAGGCAUCUCACUCAUAGGUGCUGUUACAGCCAUCACUUACUCCACCAUGGUCUGGGUACUCUCUGUCAGCCAACAAAGGCCACCCUCUAUCUCUUAUGAACCCCUGUCUAUGCAAUCAUCAUCUUCUUCUUUGUUUCUGGCAUUGAAUGCACUUGGAAUUGUAGCCUUUUCUUUCAGAGGCCACAAUUUGGUCCUUGAAGUUCAGGCCACAAUGCCAUCAACUUUUAAGCACCCUGCCCGCGUGCCAAUGUGGAAAGGAGCCAAGGUUGCUUAUUUCUUCAUUGCAAUGUGCAUCUUCCCUGUUUCUAUUGGUGGAUUUUGGGCCUAUGGGAACCAAAUGCCUCCUGGAGGGAUUCUCACUGCCUUAUAUGCAUUUCACAGUCAUGACAUCUCAAGAGGGAUUCUGGCCUUAGCAUUCCUUCUUGUUGUGUUCAACUGCUUGAGCAGUUUCCAGAUAUACUCAAUGCCUGCUUUUGACAGUUUUGAAGCUGGAUACACCAGCAGAACAAACCGUCCCUGCUCGAUAUGGGUCCGGUCAGGUUUUAGAGUCUUCUUUGGAUUUGUCUCCUUCUUCAUAGGAGUGGCUCUUCCCUUCCUCUCAAGUCUUGCUGGUUUGUUGGGAGGACUCACUCUUCCAGUCACUUUUGCAUAUCCUUGCUUCAUGUGGGUUCUCAUUAAACAGCCAACAAAAUACAGCUUCAAUUGGUAUUUCAACUGGAUUCUAGGCUGGUUGGGGGUUGGUUUUAGCUUGGCUUUCUCCAUUGGGGGAAUUUGGAGCAUGGUGAAUAAUGGACUCAAAUUGAAAUUCUUCAAGCCCAGUUGAAUUUUCAACAGGUCAUCAUGCAAAUGCAGAUGGACUAUGUUAUGUUAUGCUGCUCUCUACUGAAGGCAUUUCAUCAGCUCCUCAACUUCUUUCAGAAUGAAUGAGUGGAAAGCCAUUAAUAAAGAUGAAGUUCAAAGAAUAUCUCCCUGUGACUUUACCACUCCUUUUUACACUCUUCAGUGAGGUUUUGUUAUCUUAUGUAGCUUGUUAUAUUAGAAAAUAUAUUGAUGUGCUUGUGUUCAUAAUUGUAGAGACAUCUGCACCCCUUACCUUUUCUUAAAAAGAAAGGAUGAGGUGAUCUGAGUGUGUGUUUAGAUCAGCCUUCUCAGAAUUGGUUAUGGUAAAAGUGAAUUGAAAUUUGCAUCAUUUAUGUUUGGAUA